AUGGAGGUGGUGCGCCUGCCCGCGCUUUCUGACAACUACAUAUGGCUGUUGAAGGAGCCCACCAGCGGCAAGACGGCGGUGGUUGAUCCCGCAGAGACGGGCCCUGUUUUCUCAGAGCUGAAAAGCAGGGGCUGGACUCUGGACUACAUUUUCAACACGCACCACCACGGAGACCACACCGGCGGCAACCUCGAGCUCAAGCGCUCCUUCCCCGGGCUGCAGAUUGUCGGGCCCCGAGCGGACGCCGCGCGCAUCCCGGGGAUUGAUGUGCAGGUUGGGGACGGGGACGAGUUCCAGUUCGGAUCUCAGGCAAUGCGCGUGUUCGACACGCCGGGCCACACGCGCGGGCACAUCACUUUCUGGUUCCCAGCAGCCGCCGCGCUUUUCCCGGCCCUGCAGGCGCGCAAGGCCAACAUCGACGAGGCGCGCUCCAAGGGCGAGGCGACCGUGCCGUCGUUGCUGGGGGAGGAGCUGGACACCAACCCGUUCCUGCGGCCCCACGACCCCGAAAUCCGGGCGAAAACGGGCGCAGGCGAGGCGGCCGAGGACUGGGAGGCGUUUGGCGCCGUGCGGCGGGCGAAGGACGGGUUUCGCGGGUAA